AUGAAUAGAUUACCUUCUGAGUUUCUAUAUCAACUAUCAAACUAUUUAACUUUACAAGAUUGUUAUAAUUGUCUAGCUGUUUGUAAAUUUUGGAGGAAUGCAUUCAAGAGAAUACUGUAUCGAGUAGUUCAUAUCUACUCGGAUCAACAGCUUCAACAGUUUAUGGAAGCGGUUAAAUAUAACGGACAGCUCGUCAAAGAGAUUUACCUGCAUAAUAAUAUCCAAUAUAACGAAACAAUGGACUAUUUAGAAGAUUUAGAUGAUCCACACUACAUUAAUCAUAUCCACUUAUCCCAAACUCACUUUGAAUCACUAAGCAUGUACUGUCCUCAAUUGGAAGUGCUCCAAUUUGACAAGCAUCAAUGGAAUCAUCUAACAUUAUCAAAUGUUAUUUCCAACUGGGACCAUAUCUCAAGCUUACCGCCUAUACAGCAUCAAUUACUACCUCAUUUUUUCCCUUUAUUUAAAUCUCCUUAUUUGACUCAUCUAAAUAUAGACUUUACUUUUGAUCCAAUAGAAAAUGACUCUAGUCAUUUUACCUCUUUACUAAAUCAAGUAUCCAGCCUGCAACAUCUAACUUUGGAAAUAUUCUAUAAACAACAACAACACCAAAUAAUGGAUUCAGCUCCGUUAAACAUUUCUAGUUUGCUACAGCAAAUUCACAGAGCUUUACCCAACCUCAAAUCACUCGAGUUCGUAUGCACAAAUCCACCAAGACAUGAGCCUCCUGCUGCCGUGUAUGAAUCAAACAAUAUCCUAGCCAGCUUUAAAGAAAAAUCAUCAUUAAAAUCGCUCACUGUUCAGGGCCACAUUGAUUCGAUCAAAUGGUUUGCAUUCAUUUACGAAAACUAUCCCGAGCUUGAAGAACUCAAGAUCAUUCAGAUGGCAACGAGUCGAUUUGGCACUAAAUGGAUGUGGCAGCAAGCCCUUGUCGACCUUAUACGUAAUUUACGUCGUAUGAAAUCCUUGACGAUCGGUGGAAGAAAUGCACCGCAGCUGCUCUCUAAGGGCUUAGCACUAGAGCUCAAGAGCCCGACAUGUGCAGUAGAGAAUCUAUAUAUUGAUUUCAAGACCUAUCAAGCUAUCGAAUCCUGUCAGUUUUUAUUGAUCAUUGCUGCCUUUGGCUUAAAACAGCUCAAAUUCUUGCGGUUACGUGUGUGGGAACAGACACCUGGAUGGUCUGGUGUGACCUUCAACUUGUUUCAGUGUCGACAAUUAGUCUCGCUCGAACUCUCAUUGUCCAAGGGCCUAAUGGAUCAAUAUCCAUUUACCCCCUUUUUGAUUGACAAUUUUUUAGAAAACAUGCCUCAGCUUGAAGAACUCACGCUAGUCGGUGCAGAGAUUCAGGUCUUAUACAAGCACCUGGAGGAUUUAGAUAUCAAGGCUGUCUUCUCACUACAUUCACUCACUCUAAUCCAGUCAAGAGUACAGAACCAUCCAACGGUGUUUUCUUACCUUAGCAAAUGCUGUCCGCGCUUAAACCAGCUCUGCUUUAGAAGAUGCGAGGUCACAAAGAACGCAAAGCAGCUGACAUUUUCUCCUUCGCCUGCGUGCAUUACCAAUGACUGUACCCUAGAUAUGCCAUGCACUCGAUUCGAAAAGAUUUAUCUCAGCUCCUUCUUGAUUUACACUGGCACAGUAGAAACCAUUGAAUACAUUGGCAUCAGAAUACUGAGCUCGCUGGCGAGUUCGGAAAAUGACAAGAUCGCUUGGUGCCGUAUCGCCGGACUCGGUGGAUCAUUUAUUUACCCUCAGUAUACCACAGUAGAAGAUGCUGAUGUGCUCAGUGAACUGCAGAAUUUAUACCAAAACUCAGAUAUCAUGCCUGGAAACUAUGUUCCAUCCAUUGGCAUCAUCACCAUUCGCUGCAAAUCAGUGAGUGACAUUUAUUUGGACAACGUAAAGAUACCAAGAAGGAGUUUUUAUUCUUUUUGUGUGUAA